UGUGAUUAACAGCCUGCCGCGUCAUCCAUCUGAAUAUACAUUGUUGGGUUGCUGUGCGAAUGAUUUUUGUUGAAUGAUUCAAGCUCCCAUCUCCAUCAAGCAUCUGAAGCAUCAUCGGGAAGAUGGCGACUGGGUCGGGUUGGCAGCAGUAUUACUGCCCCGCCGGUCAAGGGAAAUACACUUCGUCUUCUUCCUCCUCCUCCUCAUCCUCGUCGUCGUCGUCGGCGGCGGCGGCGGCGGCGUCGGCGACGUCCACGUCCUCCUUCCAGUCCGGCCUGGCCAUGGAGUACACCCAAGACCUGCACCUGAAGAUGAGCAAGAAGAUCGCCCAGCUGACCAAGGUGAUCUACGCGCUCAACACCAAGAACGACGAGCACGAAGCGGCCAUCUCCACCCUGAAGGAGGCCCACGAGGAGGAGGUGCAGCAAAUCCUCUCCGAGACCCGAGAGAAGAUUUUACAGUACAAGAGCAAGAUCAGCGACGAGAUGGACCUGAAGAGGCGCAUCCAGUCCCUGGAGGAGUCCAUGGAGCUGCACGAGAGGAUGAAGAGGCAAGCGCUGGCCGAGUUUGACAACUACCGGCAGCGGGUGGAGGACCUGCAGCUGUGCACCGAGGCGCAGCACACGCAGCGGGUGGUGUCCAUGUCGCGGGAGGUGGAGGAGAUGCGGCGCUCGUUCGAGGAGAAGCUGCGCACCUUCGGGCAGGCGCAGGCGCAGUUCGAGCAGGAGAAGAAGGCGGCGCUGGAGGAGCUGAAGGCCCAACACCGGCAGGAGGUCCAGGAGCUCCUCCGCAGCCACCAGAGCCACAACGCCAACUACAGCAAAGACCAGGAGAAGCUGGGCCAGCUGCACAAAGCCGAGGUGGAUUCUCUGACCGAGCGAGUGGAAGAACUCAAGCAGGACAAGAAGAGACUGGUGGAGGAGUACGAGGCCAAACUCAGCAAGGCUCAGGCCUUCUACGAGCGCGAACUGGAGGCCAUGAAGCGAACGCAGCAGCUGACGGCCGACAACCUGCUGGCGUGGAAGCGCACCGAGGCCGAGCUGCGCCGCGAGUUCCAGACGCAGGAGGCGGCGCUGCAGAAGACUCUGGGCAAGCUCCGGACCGAGCUGGCCCGCGUCACCGACGAGGCCCGCGAGCACCGCGAACGCUCGCACAAGCUGCAGGCCUCGCUCGCCUCCUCCGAGAGCGCCGUCAAGGAGCUGAGCAAGCAGCUGGACGAGGUGACGCAGAACUCCGAGAUCGUGGAAAUCCGCCAAAAGGAGGCCGAGUGCGAGCUGGAGGCGGCCCGGGAUCGAGUUCAGCAGCAGGCCACCGAGAUCCUCCUCAAAGCCAGUCAGAUCAGCAGCCUGCAGGCCACCCAGAUGACUCAGGAGGCGGCCGUGCGAGACCUGGACAACGAGCGCAGCCGCCUGAAGGACAAGGUGCUGAGGCUGGAGGAGGAACGCGAGGCGCUCCGCGGCCAGAGCCGAGCGCUGGACGACAGGCACAAGCAGCAGCUGCAGUCCUUGCAGAAGACGCUGGGCGAGGAGAAGGCGUCGCACGAGAAGGACAUGGGCGCCCUGCGCGCUCGCUACGACGAGGAGAGCAGCCAGACCAAGGAGAACCAGGCCCGCCUCCUGGACGAGCUGGCCAAGAAGCACCGCGCCGCGCUGGACAACGCGCUCGGCGGGGCCGAGAAGGACAAAAACAAGCUGUUGGCUGAUCUGGAGCAGCAGUUUGAGCGAGAGCGCCACACGCUGGAGGAGCAGAGAAGCGUCCUGCUCCAGGAACUGGACCAGCUGAGGGAGGAAAUGAGCGCCAAGCUCGACGCCGCCGACCAAGAGGUGUGCCGACUGCAGCGGCAGGCGCAGCAGGGCGAGGAAGACAUGGGCGCGGCCGAGCGGCAGAUGGCCACCAUGAAGCAGGCGCAGGACAAGCUGCUGGAGGAGUUGGACGCCACCCGGGGCCGGCUGAGGGAAACCAGCAACCUGCUCACCGCCCUGCAGGGAGAGUUGGAGGUCCAAACGCGUCAACAUGAAGCCAAAGUCAUCAGCACCAAAGAAGAAGAGAAGCAUAAAAUGGAUAAGAUGGCUUUGGAGCUGGAACUCAAGUGGACCGAGACCCUCAGGCAGGAAUGCAAGAAGCUCCGCGAAGAGCUGCGGGAGGAGCACGAGGCGGACAAAGCGGCGGCGUUGAACCAGCUGGCCCGCAGCAAGGAGCAGGAGAUGGCCAACGCCCGAGAGAGCUGGCAGAGGAGAGUGGACGACCUGCUGGAACAGAUCUGCCUGCUGAAGCAGAGCCUGGAGAUGCAGCUGUCGCAGUCGCAGUCGUCGCUGCAGCAGCUUCAGCAGCAGUUCAGCCAGGAGCGCGAGCACCUGCGCACGCAGCUGGACGAGCUGCAGACGGAGCACCAGCGCCGGCACCAGCGGCUGCACGAGGCGCAGUCCUGCGCCCUGCAGGACGUCGAGCACGCUCGACAGCGCGACAUCAAGGAACUGGAAGAACGUCUACGCCAGCACCACCACGCCGAGCUGCAGUCGCUGCGCGAGGCCCACCGGCACAGCGUGGAGACCCUCAAGCAGCAGUCGGAGCAGGAGCUGCAGACGCUGCGCUUCGAACUGGAGGACGAGGGCAAGGCCAUGCUGGCGUCCCUGCGAUCGGAGCUGAACCACAUCCACGCGUCGGCCAUCGAGCACCUGCGACAAAACCACCAGCAGGAAGUGACGGCCGGCAAGAAGGAACUGGAAAGGACGGUGGAGAAAAGCCGCCUCCAGGAGCGCGAGCUGCUGGGUCGCGUGGCCGAGCUGCAGGAGGAAGUGACGCGCAGGAAGAAGCACGUGGCGCAGCUGGACCACCAAAUCCACACGCUCAACGAGAACAUCAGCAGCCUCACCAAGGAGCUGGAGCUCAAAGGCAAGGAGCUGCUCAAGAUACGCAGCGAGGCCAACCAGCAGAUCAGGGCUCACGAGCAGGAGCUGCAGAAGCGUCACGAGCGCGAACUGUCCGAGCUGAGCGCCGUGCACAGCAAAGAGACGCACAACAUGCUGGCCGACUUCAACAAGGCGCAGGAGGUCCUCAAGGACAAGAUCUCUGCCCUGCAAAUUCUGCUGGAAGGCACCGAGGAGAAGUUCAGGAACCGCGAGAGUCGCCCUGAGGACCUCCAGAUGAUCGCCGAGCUCAAGGACAUGGUGUCCGAGAGGGAAUCGCUCGUCAAGAAGUUGGUGGAUGACAAGAAGUUCUACCAGUUGGAGCUGGUGAACCGCGAGAGCAACUUCAACAAAGUGUUCAACGCCAGCCCCAACGUGGGGGUCAUCAACCCGCUCAUCAAGCAAAAGCGAAAGAAUGAGAAAGCGGCGGCGAGCAGAUUCGGCAGCUCCGCCGGUUUCAGGGUUCCGGAGGCAGCCGGCUCUGGCCCGGCGGGCCUCGGGGGCGGCCCGCAGCAGCAGCCGCCGCCCCGGCCGCCGCCGCCUCCGCCGCCGCCCCCGACCCAUCCCGGCCGCCUCGAACCCCUUGCCCGCCCCCCUCUCCUCCUCCACCACCUCGAGCUGAACGCCAACAAACCUCUUCCCCCGCCGCCGACCCCUCCCACAGAACCCAAGAAGUUCACGAGCCCUCCUGAGCCCAAGGACGCCGCCAUCGACCUCCCGGACGCUCAGCAGCGGCAGGAGUGGUUCGCUCAGUACUUUUCCUUUUGAUUGACGACGUGCGGGCGCACAAACACGCAAACACACACUUGCAGAAACAAAACAAAACACCACACCACAAUUCAGCAGCAUGUCAGCCAAAUGUUGAAAAAAUAAAACUAAAAAAAGUCUGGAUUUUUUUUUCUAUAUUGUUUAAAAAAAAUGUCUUUCAGGCUUGGUUCAGUUUAUGAAAUAAAUGACGACGUAGUUCAUCUUCAGCGUGAGUACUAGUGCGCUCUUUGUCCUCACUGACAGCUCAGCGCGCUAGCAGAAUGUCUGUCUUACUAGUAACAUUUUGCCACUACUAGUGCCACCCACCUGCAAUGAAAUCUUACUAGUAACUCGUACCCGAGCUGGAAUUGUCCUGACCGACCGGUGAGGUCAAAGGGCGGACGAGUACGCGGGCAUCAAGGCGAGCGGAAAAAUUGCUCUCAACGCCUUUCGUGCCGCGGCGUUGUGGAGCAGACGUGGCCCGCGUCCGUCGUCGCCAUCUUCUACGUUGGAUGUUUGACUUGCUUUCCGCCACUCGUUCUCAUCGUUGCCAGUGGAGUUAAAGUUGAUUUCAUUUUAUUUUUUAUUUGGACUCCAAGUGAGAAGUAGACAUGCGUGGCGUUUAGAGGUCCUUGUUGCUCUUCCUGUGCACCC